AAGGUUAAAGCAAACAAGGAAGUGGGGUGACUGGCACAUGUUUCCAAUGAUUGGGAGCUCACGGUCCAUCAUUACCGUCUCAUUCUGUCCUCUCGCUCAGCGGAGGCAACAUGAAGCUGUGGGUCGUCCUGUUGCUCUCGCUGCUCGCUCACACUUUAGCAGAAGAGUCCUGUUUGGGCCGCUGUGAAAAUGGCUUUGACUCUCAGAAGAAGUGCCAGUGUGACUCCAUGUGCAAGUAUUACAAAAGCUGCUGCUCUGACUUUGAGGCCACCUGUGGUAUGACGACUCGUGGAGACACAUUUGUGUUUGCAGAGGACGAUGAUGAUGAUGAGCCGCUUGGAGACUUUACUCCAACUCCUGGACGUCCAGCACACGACCGGACUGCCACAGCCCGCAGCCGGCAGCUGAAGUCCACACAGCGUCCCAUCCUCGACUUCAACCACAGACCACAGCAGCGUCCAGAGACCACACUAGAAAUGACCAAACCCACACAGCAGAUUGACACCACAAUCCAGAGAGCCCCUGUUACACAGAUUACACAGGCUGCGGGCACAGUCGCCCCUACAAGCAAUGUCCCUGUCACGACUGUAGCUCCAGAGGUUGGGAAUGAGACGACCACUGCUCCCAUCACUGCAGCCACCACUGCAGCCCCUGACCCAGACGCUGAGGUCUGCAGCGGGAGGCCUUUCGACUCUUUCAUGCAGCUUAAGAACGGCUCCAUCUACGCCUUCAGAGGGGAGUACUUCUUUGAACUGGACCAGAAGACAGUACUUCCCGGGUAUCCAAAGCUCAUUAAGGACGUGUGGGGCAUCAGCGGGCCUAUCGAUGCUGCGUUCACUCGCGUCAACUGUCAGGGGAAGACCUACAUCUUUAAGGGAAACAAGUACUGGAGGUUUGACAACGGUGUGCUGGAUGACGACUAUCCUCGAGACAUCAGCGUUGGCUUUGACAAGAUUCCUGAUCACGUGGAUGCAGCGUUUGCUCUGCCUGCCCCCGGACACAACAGAAAAGAAAAGGUCUACUUCUUCAAAGCGGACCAGUAUUACACAUAUGAGUUUUUGCACCAGCCAUCCCACGAGGAGUGCAUCACCAUGUCUGAGAGGUCUCCAGCUACGCUGUUCAGACACUACACUGAUGUCUACUACAACAACUACGAGCGUUUCUUCAGCGAUCUCUUCUCUGACUUGCCGCAGCAUCACGACAAUCACCACUUCAUUGACAAAGACUGGAAGGGCAUCAAGCCUCCGCUGGACGCUGCCAUGGCAGGAAGAAUCUACGUCACCAACUGGAGGUCACGACGCAGAGACCAGCAAUGGGGUCGACAGCAAGGCCAGCAGUACCAGCAGAACGGACGGCAGUGGGGCCAGAGGAGGAGAAGUCGCUCAGCCUCCUGGGACUCCAUGGCCGAGCGAGGCAUGAGCAUGGGUCAGAGCUUUGCUGAAAGGGGGAUGGAGUUGGGCAUGAGGAUGGCAGAGAGGAGGAUGGAGCUGGAGGAGAGGCUUGGACGGGACUGGGACAGACGGUGGGAUCAAGACUGGGACCAGGACAGAAGGAGAGAUCGAUACCGCCAGAACAACAGAGGCAACUACGACUCCAGAGAUGACCCGUAUUACUGGGACGACUACCAAAGGGAUCUGCCCAUACAGAGCGUCUACUUCUUUAAAGGAGAUAAAUACUACAGAGCGGACCUCAGGACUAAGAGAGUUGACCCCGCCAUGCCUCCGUACCCCAGAUCCAUCACCAAGUACUGGCUCGGCUGUUCAGACCCCACUGGAGCAGAAAAGUAGUUUUCAAUAUUUGGUGGUUUUUCCUGUGAUGUAAUUAGUGUGAAACAGAUGAAUCCUUUUCACUGACCGCAUUGGGGGUCAAAAAAAGUGUGUCAAAUGUGUUCAUACAAUAACUAGCUGCUCAUUGACUUCAGCAAAUAUUGGAGAUCAGUCAAAGUCCACAGAGUGCUCCUGGUCAAAGUUCAGUGAGCUGAUUUUCUGUAGUUAUCUCAUCUGUUCUCAGUGUAAGCCGACUUUAUGAAACCCAGAGAUAGAGGAAACUAGCUCAACUUGCUCAACUAGACAUUGCAGAGGUGUGACCCCAGAACUUCAGCAGCAUGAAAGCAACAGUUAAAUCUUGGGCUAAAAAAAAGGUGUAGGUUUUACAUUUUACUAUUGCUAAUACUGCUUCCCAUUCCUUAGCUACCAGUGUCAUAAUCACAGAUGUUUUCCAAUGUAUCUACAAAAUGUAACAUGUUUAUUUUCUCAUUUUUCACCAUAAACAUAUAUACAGAAGAUAAGACAGAUUUAUGGAGGUUAUAUACAUAAAAAUGUUGCAUGGUAACAAUUAAGAAAAAAAAAUACAAACGCAGUAAUGUUUUUUCUCUCAACAUUAUCA